AUGCCAAAAGCGAAGAGUAUCAACAAAACUAACAAGCCGUCCGCUGGUUCUAACGAAGCGCACGGCAACAUAGUCGGAAGGGUCGCUGCUUCCGUGGAAGCGCCCCACAACACACAGGGGCCGGUCGCUGCUUCCUCCGUGGAAGCGCCUAGCCCUAGCACAUCGACCGCCACCGCCCCUAAUUCAUGGUUGGCUGGUGAGCAGGUCUGGCAGGUGGUCCAGCGGAAAAAAACACCCUCCGACAUGCGGAAAAAAAAUAAACGCACAGAGAGUCUGAGCAACAUAGGAGGUAAGAUCCUACUCGAUACCACCGUCAAUAACCCACGCACCUGCAUCUACGUACCCAAAUCAAUUGACGCAGUUAUAAUUAAUGAGUUCUGUUCCAGAGACCUGACCACAGUCAGGCUCCGGAGCAGCUGUCCUAGCAUCCCGGAGGUAAUACUAGCGUCCGCCUACCUACCGGGCGACGCGGACGUACCGACGGUCGAGCUAGUGAACCUAAUUAGACACUGCGAAGACAAGAAGCUUGAGCUGAUCAUCUCGGCGGACGCGAACGCUCAUCAUACUAUCUGGGGUGGCGGCGCUUCCAAUAAAAGAGAUUGGCAGGUAUCUAACGAACUAUCCAACUCGGAUCACAGAUGGAUAAGAUAUAAACUGAACGUGGACACCAAGAAGCCCGAACCUUGGCGCAACCCUAGAAGAACUGAUAGCGUAUGGUUCGGAAAGCUGGUGUCAGCAAGCCCGAACCUCAAACAUAUCCCCGAGGAAUAUGGCGGGCCGGCUGACAUAGAGAAACACGUAAAUAAACUGACAGAAACACUAAUAGACGCAUUUCAAAAAAGCUGUCCGCUCACGGGACACACGCCUAGGACUGCCAAUCGCAGCGGCUGGUGGAGUCCUCAACUCGAGAAAUUGAGAUGCAAACUACGCAAACUGUUUAACAGAGCAAAAAACACAAGGAAAGCAGAAGACUGGGAUGCGUACAAGGCAACCCAGGCAGCAUACAAAAAAUGCAUCCGGGUACGGAAGCGCGAAUGCUGGCGAACUUUCUGUACUAACAUUAAAUCAAACACACAGGCAGCUAGGGUGAGAAAAAUCCUAUCUAAAGACCCAGAUCGCAACCUAGGCUCCCUGAAGAAACCAGAUAACAGCUAUACAACAACCGACACAGAAAUGUGCGAGCUGUUACUUAACACACACUUUCCAGGUUGCUCCGUAACGGAGAACACCACAUGGGAGGAGGAGUUCAACAAAAAUUUAAACUAG